CUAUGAAAUGUGUUUGCAUGUUCUUCUCCGCGAGCGGGGAUGUAGAGGUGGGAUUGCGAGAAUCGAAAGGUUGGAGAGCCCACACGCUCAGCUUCCGAGAAAGUACGUUUUACAAUAAUGUAUUAUUCAAUUUCUCUCUUGUUCUAUACAGGCGAGGACUAUAUUAAUUCAGUUUAGUGUAAGGUUGUCUUUCUUUCUUUUUUGACAUCAAUCUCUACGGUAGGCUUGGAGACGGACCGCUUGGACAGUGGGAGCCCUCCCCUCCUCUUCGUUCUGGUUUGUUUGUAGGUUGACAGUGGAAGGAUGUGGAUGAGGCCUGAAGUUUAGACAGAGCACAAGGGCUCUAAGGCCUGCCUGUGAUUGGCUGUCCGAUUCAUCCUCAGCGGGAGGCGCCACCUCACCUGGGCUCAGAACAGACUGUGAGAACUUCUCGGCUCCCCCUCCCGCCCGCCCCCCCAGCCCUGCACGUACUGGAACAUGUCUAGUGGACGGUCGGAGGGAAGCCGAGACCGGACAGCCGAGGCCCUAGAGCGAAGCAGCUGCAGUGAGGAUGUCCCUGUCAUCGAGCGCAGGAACCGCAGUGGCAUCAUCAGUGAGCCUCUGAGUAAGAGCCUUAAGAGGUCCCGCACCCUCUCCCAGUACACAGCCGCCUGCCCCACCAACACUAAUGGACGCGCACGCCACAAUGGAGAGACCAAGAGCCACCCGGCCAAGCCCCAGCCGCCCCCACAGCCCCAGCCCACUGUCUCAGCGCUGGCGGCAGCCAAGCUGGACCGGACCCUGGAGCAGGUCCUGGAAGGACAGAACGGCCUGCUGCACUUUGCCCAGGCUGCGGUGCUGUUAAAGAGGGCUGGGAUGGAGCACAUGCUGCUGCCGGGGGGGAUGGGGAUGGGGGGUAGCGAUUCAAUCUCAGGGGCAAACGACUUGGAGGGUGCGUCUGCUGCGGACUCCAUUGGCGGUAUUGCGGACUUCCCGUACGGUGUGGGAGGCGGCUUCCCGUUCAAUCCCGGACUGUUUAUCAUGACACCGGCCGGCGUGUUCCUGGCCGACAGCGCUCUGCACAUGGCUGGCCUGGCCGAGUACCCGGCGCAGAGCGAGCUGGCCUCUGCCAUCAACUCCGGCAAAAAGAAGCGGAAACGCUGCGGCAUGUGCCAGCCCUGCCGUCGGCGAAUUAACUGCGAGACGUGCAGCAGCUGCCGGAACCGCAAAACGGGCCACCAGAUCUGCAAGUUCCGCAAAUGUGAUGAGCUGAAAAAGAAACCGUCUGCCACUCUGGAGGUGAUGCUUCCUACAGGAGCAGCAUUUCGGUGGUUCCAGUAAGACUCUGACCCUCCUCCACUCUAACCCCUACCUACACAAACCCAAAGCUCUGCGAUCAAGUGCAAUGCCAACUCUCGCUUCGAUUGUAUCGGGCAUGGACACUGGCUGACAAGAAAACAAACUAACAACAAAUAAAAUGAUGUAAAAAAAAAAAUAGGAAACAGGAAUGAUACAAAAUAAUCAACUGAGUAAUGGAUGCACCUAAUUAUUCCUUGAACCAAAAAUUAAAUAUAAAGAAAAUAAUCUAUGGCAACUUUCAUUCAUUCCCUUUUCUAUGUUCCCAUUUUGGUACAUUUUGUCCUGUUUCCAGCAGGACUUUUCUGUCGCUCAGACAUGGAACUGUUCAUUGCCUAACAGAAAUGAUGGACUGAGUGUGGACAAUCAACACAUGUCUGUGUUUGGUGUUAAUGUUGUUCACGUGUGGAAAGAUACAGUACUUGUGUAGAGAAUGUACAUUUAUGGCUAUAUUUUAAAACUAGUGGCUAAUGGCAGGCACUAUUGUAAUUUAGCACCAUUGUUCUUAUCUAAACCCUUGUCUAUUUUAUGAUUUAUAUUGUUGCAAGAAUAUAGUUUGAAACGGAUCAAUGGUUGUCUUUUAAAAGAAAAAGGAAAUGUUUCAAAAUGUAAAAAUCCAGAUUUCUGAUUCAAAUUAAAAAUCAACUCUCACCCUUUGGGGCAGAAGUCUAGGGGACUCUUUAGCAGGAUGAUGCUAACCUCCAGAGAACUCACUGGAAUCUCCAACCAACCAACCAACCAACCAACCAACCAACCAACCGUGUUUUUCUGGCCUGUAUUUCCAAGCGUUUUAUUUAGUGAAACUGGCAGCCUUACAUUCCUGUGGCCCUAGCGACUGUGUCUGGCAUGAGGAGGACAGAGGGCGACAUCACUAGGAGGCACUUGAUCUGAGUCUACCCAUUUCAACGCACUGAAACAUGAAUUUAUCUUUAUUUUGUAUUUGUAUUUUUUAUUUUAAAUUAUGUUGCUGAUAGCUACAUCUUUUAAAAACAACAGCGAUGUUUGUAUUCAUUUAGAAAAUUGGACUGGUUUUGUGAAUAAAAACGAAUGCAUGUAUUUGUGUAAACAUUUACAGUUCUGAUGUUUGUCUACUAGUCUUUGCAUGUUUUUUCCCCCUAAAACAGAGGGUGAAGUAUGAAAAUGUCCGGUAAAUCUUUCAAAUUUGUUCCCUUUUCAUAUCAUUGGAUGCUAUAAUUUAAAAAAAAUAUUGGGCGAGAAAUACAAAUCAUUAAAGCAGAAGGAGGAAA